AUGUACUUUGGCGUACUUUCCCUGCCUACUUUAAACUCGUGUUUUAAUAAUGAUUAUCGUGUAUUUCCGUACUGUGUGACUAUAAAGGUACUUCUUUUAGAUUUCCUGAAACCGCCACACAUAGUAUACCUUUUUUUGAGAGAAGACAAACCUUUUCAAUUCGAAAAAGAUGAGGAGUCCAACGAUGAGAAUGAAGCUGACAUUGUCGGUGUCAUAGUAUGUAAAGAUACGAUGGAUUCAAGCCUAUAUUUGAAAAUGCUGGCAUGUCUCAAGUCAUUCAACUUAUGGUUCUAUUCGGUGUUGUCUUUUAAGUGUUUUACUUGGUUCAAGCAGGGAGGAUCUACAACACUGAAAUUAUUCCAAUACUUUCUUGUUACCUAUGAGAAGAAUACUGAUCCACAUGUCACCGUUGAUGUAUCAAAAAUCAUGUCUGGAUUCGAUCUUAUGACAAAAACCGUCUUCAAGUACACCAUCUGUAUCAAACGUGAUGUCAUAUACUUACCAGGGUAUCAUCAAUCCAACUGUUCCUCCGAGAAGCACAUUCCACCCCAUCUAUCUAUGACAGUUAUUCUCUGUAUGCCGGUCCAGCAAUUGAGAAGCCAGUCCCUCUCAUGGUAUUUCUUUACAGCUUACUGA